CGAUUCACAAUUACGCAAGAGGCACUAAUAUUCACGUAUUAUACUAAGCAAUUGCUCUUUCGUUAAAAGAGUAUUACUGUGUCUUGACCUUUAAACUUUCAGUAAGCUCAUUUUGAGUUUUUGUCACUGGAGAUACAUUGCUCUAUGCCGCAGAAAGAACACGCUCUUGUUUACCACAUGUACGACCUCCUCCAACUGACCCAGAACAGUUUCAAAUUAAUAAAAACAGAUUUACAAUUGGAAACUGUAAAGCAUGUGAAAUGCGCUCGUCAUCGGAAAGAGUAAGCAUUUCAGCUGUUAUGCUAUCCAUAAACGCCAUUUAUCAAGGAUUCCAUCUAAGCUGCUCACGACUUAUCGACAAGAGUGAAUCGAUUAAUUUUCUUAUUGAAACAGACAGGGAGGAUUUUACUUGCAAAUAUCUAGAUGACGCGUCCAAUACAACAUACGGAAUAGGGGAGUGUAUAUAUUCGUUUUCAACGUGUUUCCCCCCUAACGAACCCGUUUCAGGACUGACAUUUAAUUAUAGCGCUACUCUGACUACUGGAAUUAUCACUGUCUUGAAUGUUAAUAAAAGUUUACAUGGAACAGUUUAUUGCUACAAGACAUACAACGUGCUGAUAAACGCCUCGCUAGAGUUACCUGUCGAGUGCACAACACAAAACAACGGCACUUCUUCUAACAACACGUCAAAAAGCAAGCUGGCCGUAAUUCUCGGUUCUAUUCUCGGUGGAGCAUGCGUAGUGAUACUGAUUAUAAUUGCCAUCGCGUGUAGGUGCUGUAGAAGAGAAUAUGAAGCUGAUUAUCCCGCGAAUACACUGUUAACAAUGGAACAAAUAGAGAAAAAGUCCUCCAAAAUGCAAGGUUUUACAAGUACUUUGGGGUGCAUCGAUUGGACGCAUGUGCAUAUCAAGAAGCCAGUAAACCAUGUAGAAGGAUACAUAGGGCGAAAGGGCGUUCCCACCAUCAACGUUCAGGCUGUGUAUGAUGCCAGCUACAGAAUAACGAGCUUCACUCAAGUUCACUGCCAGUUGGCCAGGGCGAAAGCAUGAUGCCAGGAUUUGUUGAUGUCUUAUUUCAAAUUCACAUUACUGUAUAUACCAUUAUUCUGGAAUUUCAUUCAGUUAAUUGAAUGAAGAAUUUUAUUAUUAUCAAUGAUGGAUAUCUUGUAAGCAAAUAAUAUCAAGAAGUGUCCCAAGACAACGCAUUCAACUAAUAUUCCUCUUUAAAUGUAGAAUGUAUUUUAUAUGUCAGUAACAUAAUACAAUGACCAAUGUAAUAUUUAACCUACAUUUCUUAAAGCACACACAUAUUGACUGGAAUUUUAUAAGUACAAAAAGGGAUAGAAUCAUAUUUUUAUCAUAGAAAUAAUAGUACCGGUAUGCCCCUUUUUGAAUUAAAAAAAAAUCUUAUUAUUUUGUGUGCAACUGCCCCAUAACUAUUAUUUCUAAUAUAGACUAUCUAUUUUAGAAAUAAUAGAGUUAUGAAGUAGUUGCACAAAAAAUAAUAAGAUCCUUUUAAUUACACAAAGGCGAAUAAAUCUACUACUAGUAUAUUACAUGUCAGAGUUAUAGCUCUUAGUCACGUAUUGACACUAAACACAUCUUUUUCUCCAAAUGUAUUAUUUCAAUUUCUACAGUCAACUUUUUUAUUUCUUAUUCUAAUUUUUCUUAGUUAUUUCCCAUCGGUUUCUCUGUAAGUUUUGUUAAGGUAUCGGCUUGUGAUCUCUUGUCGUUCUUCUUUGUGAGCGCUGCAAAAAUGGAUAAAAAGUGUGAUUUGUAUAAAUGGACUUGUUCUCAUAUUAUGAUCUUCAAAGGUUAAAAAAUUAAUACAUAUAUAUCACAUAAUCUAUGUAUGCAUUGGUACUAUGCAUUGGUACUAUGUUUUAACAUAUUUGAUGCUAAUUAUGUUUCAACAAAUGCAUGACUUUUGUUGCAUAUUACAUAAUAACAUUAUACAGUACUUGCUUUGUCAAAUGGUAUUGUCAGUAUAGUUCUAAGAACUGGAAUUCCAUCCAUGCAAGUUAAUUAUUAACUCUAAAUUAAUUGUAUGCACUGCAAUACCUUCAAUUAGAGCUAUCUAAGUGUUAAAUUUAUUAAUAUUUAAUUUUCAAGAUUUGUUCCUGACAAUUUGAAAUCUAAAUUUAAAGAUAUCCAAAACUUACAUUCUUUACACUAAAUGCCUCUACUUUCAUGACUGGUACACUCUGAAAUCACAUGAAAAAAUAUAGUGUCACUUAAAAAAUCUAAAUUAAUUUAAUCCAGUGAUGUUUUCAAUGCAAUAAAAUUGACAACUAAUGUUAAUAUACUAUACUUAAGUUAAUGUAUAAUAAUCCCAGUGUUAACUUUCAAACACAAUGUUUAAUGUUAAUUUAAUGCAUGUUUUUUCUUUUAUUUUGUGUUUAUAUAAGGGUGAAUUUCUAUUAUAUUGUAUACUAUGUUGAAUGUGAUGCAUACAAUAUAAGUCAUAUGGUUUGCAUUUUCAAUGUUCUAUACAUAUGGUUAAUGGUUUGCAUAUAAAUGAUAAUCUAUUUAUUUACCAUAUGUUCUUCACUGCUGGCUGUUGUGGCACGCUCACUGCUUUGUAACGCAUAUGAAGAAGCUGCAAAAAUUAAACGCAAAAAUUAAUUCAAACAUAUAACUUUGUAAAACACUUACGCACAUACACUUAUGCUCAUUAAUAAUAAUAAUUAGUUGAUUACCAAGAAAUACAAUGUCUGUAUUUGCACUCAUUCCUUGAAUAAAUGAACUCAACAACAAAAUUGAAAUAGUCAAGUGAUUUAAAGUAUCUAACAAAAAGGAAUAGAAAUACUUCCUUAAAUGCACUAACUUCAUUAGCCGAUCUAAAUUAAUGAUCUUAAUGUUUUAUUUUAAUUGUCCUUAUACCAAACCCUGCUAUAUUUACAACAAACAAAGACUCUGAUAAAAGUUGCCAUUUCAUACCAUAUUUCUGUGAACGAGUUCAUGAAUAUUGUUAUUUAGUGCACCUUUGGUGAGCUUACCUACAUAUUUCCUUGAUGAGUUUAAUCAAUAAUCAUAUGAAUUGACAAGUGUCAGAUCUUUUUUAUAACACUAAUUAAAUUACGCAUUUAAACAAUUAUUAUUAAGUUAAAUUUAACGAAAAAAACUGAAAAUUGUUUUCAAUGCGUGACGUACCUGUAUAUAUUCUAGCACCAUUUCAGCAAAAUAAUACAGUAUCAUAAAACAUACAUUAACCAAUGAAAAUGCUCAUAAGCUUUUUUACAAAUUUAAACAAUAUAAGUAAGUAGGUAUUGUGAUUAUAUCACAUAGAAAACACAUAUUAGGUUCGACAUGUAGUAAUAUUGAAACAAACUAAUUGCAAUUGAUUAUAGUUUUUCAACAAAAUUAAUUUAAUGAAAGCAUAACAAAAAAAGUAAUUAACUUACACCGAGCCUUGGAAUUUUGGUUCUUCUUCUGGCACUGUUCACCAGUUUUUGCGACCCCAAAUUUUCUGAAAGUUUAAUAAAAACAAUUGUAUGAUGUAUAGCAGUAUUUAUGAAACACAUUACAUUUCAUGUUUGCCAUCAUAACUGUCGAUUAGUUUAAUAUAAACGACAUACAGGGUAAUAGUUAUCAAUGUAAACGUGUAGUAAAUGAAAAGUUCGUUUGGAAAUGUGCAGAUUGUAAUCAGAUACGAAUAAAACACACAUGGGUACGAAUCUAACAGGGUACGAGAUGAAAACUAAAACAAUAGACCUCCUUAAAUGGUAAACUUAUCCGUGAAACCACAAAUAUUCAUUAUUAAUACUUAAAUAACAAUUCACUUGUGCAAAUUUUGGAAACAAAGAACGUGCAACCGUACCAUAAAUUAUAACAAAUGUUUGAAACUAAAACACAUUCCACAAUCACAUCCGAAAUCCGUAAGUACAAUUUGCUGAGUGGUUAUGCCCCUUGUUUACAUAGUGCAUUAUUCGGCGCUAGUAAAAACGACAUCGGUAGCAAAUCAAAAAGUAAGCUAUUAAAUAAAAUAUUACAACUAUAAGGCAGAUACGAUAAUAACAUGUAACUUACAUUGAUAUUCUACUCGCCACCUCGUCCCAUUUUUUUCUUCGAAUAACCAAAAUCUUUUCGGCUCCGAUCCCCUUAUACUCGCGGAUAGAAGGUUCCAGCGGUCCCGAACCAGCGCAUUAAAAACAAUCUCUGGCUCGGACCAAUCUGGACCUGCUGGCGCUUCGUUUCGCUGUCUUCAACUGCCAAACACUCCAUUCAAUAAGUUAUAGCAAACAUGUCCGCUACUAUUUUUGACACUAUUUGGCGCGUUUUCCCUACUAGAGAGUUCGCUUAGUCGUGACGUCAUUAAAAAAACACAAUCUUAUUGAAGUCUAUUUCCAAAUGCGUUCGUGAAUACGAAUCCUGAGUCUGUCUUUAGUAAGUCUAAGCCUGAGUCAAAGUCUGAGUUUGAGUCCAAGUUUGAGUUUAUUAUUGAUGAAUACGGCUCCUGGAGCCGUAUUCACCAAUGUACGUAAGUCUCAAAUCUUAGACUCAGCUCCAGUUUCUGACUCAGACUCAGACUCAGCCUUACAAAACUUAAUUCACGAAACAUAAAAUGGUUAGUUUUAGACUCAGACUCAGUAAGAUAAGUCUCAAAUGCUAAGUCUACAAUGUUUAGACUUACGCUAUACAAUCAUGACGUAACGUCGUUUGAGCGUUUACUUUACAAAAUGGCCGCCGCACGAGGUCCUUGCGUAAUAAUAAUAUUAUAUUUGAAAGAGUGUAUCUAGAUCGUACCAACCCUUUGGAGAUUUAUAGGGAUAUUGAACUUUACAAACGGUAUCGUUUAACCCGACCGGGAAUCGUAUUUCUUUGCAAUAUUUGCAAGGAAUAGUUGAGCCGCAAUACGAUGCGGAUUCUGCAAGUUCCGGUCGCCCUGGCAGUGUGUACUUUCCCGAGCAACGUGGCAAAAAUCAUAAAAAAGCGGCAUUUAAAGUUAUGGUAGCCAGAACUAUGUAGACCUGUGCACAGGUCAAUAAUAUUUUGACAGCUAGAGAGUUGAAGUUGUCAAAUUUCCAGCUGGUACGACGCCGUUCGUGCAAAACAAGAACUUGGUGCGAUCGCUGAUACGUGAGUCAUUUGCGAUGUGUGCAUUUUGCAAUUGUUCUUAUUUAUUGUAAACAACUGUCAAAUUCAUAUUUGUCCGCGUUUGUUUGUUGUCUUUUGUGAAAAUAAUCUCCAAACUUAAUGAACGUGAACAUGCACUAAUUUUAUGGAUAAUACUUGUUGUUUGAAUGAAAAAGUAAUAACAUAUAAUUUGCAUGUAUCAUAAACUAUAAUAAUGGAUAUUCUCUAAAAAGGGAAACCUAUUAGAAAACGAUUACAAGACAUUUACUAUGCAUAAAUUUUGAUUUCAUUACUAUUACAAAUCUAUUUAUAGAUGUAGGAAUUUACCUAUAGAUAUGUAUACGCCGAAAAAAUUUACACUGCCAUGACGCAGUUGGUAGCGCAUCGGUGCUCGUGAUUAUAUUUGACAGACCAAUCGGUGGUUCGAAAUUACAUCGGGGACUUUUUUUUUCUCAACAUUUUCAAGAUAAAUUAUGACGAUUAUUUAGUUAUUUUUAAAUUCUUGAUCUUAAAUGUAAUGUUAAUUAAUGUUUAUUAAUUUUAAAAAAGGUGCUAUAAUUAAUGUGCAUAUUAUACACCCUGUUAAGAAGAUAUAGCGUACACCUGAAUCCAUAUGUGCAUCUGUCCUUGUGUCUGUCUAUGUUGUAAUUGAGUUCCAAUACAAAAUGUAUUUUUGCGACAAAUGCUGUAGAAUAUGCAUUUGUUGAUGGCAAGUGCAUUGUUGUAAUGCACUUUAUUUGUAAAUUAAUAAAACACUCAACAACAGGAAUAAUAUUUUAUUCUCAAAUGCACAUAUUAUUGCAUUUUCAAUCAAUAGUAAAACGAUGACAUUAAAUUUGAUUAUCAAGUUAAGACACAUCAGCAUAUUGCAUCACUUCUGACAUAAGGCAGAACUUUCAUUCAAUAUAAUGCACAUAAAUGCACCGAUCAUAAUCCAUUUAUAUCAAUAUCUAUUUACUUAUUAAUAUUGUAA